AUGGCCACCUGGGAGCCAAAGUCGCGAUCUACAUCGGUCGCAUCGUCCUCGGCGGGAAGCCGGAAGUUCUCCCCGCCAGGGUUCACCCUCUCGAGCCCGGGUUAUGAGGCUAAACUCUACUUCUGGAUCGCUAUGGAGAAGCGAUACACAGAACAAUAUCAAUAUAGUCGCGAGACCAACGACUGGGCCUUCUUCAACGAACACGUCAAGAACGCCCAGUUCGACAGUGCUACAGCCAGAUUGUUAGAAAACCCCGGCCGCCAACACACUUUCCAUUUCGACCCCGACGGCAGCGUCGCCGUCGAUAUAGUUACAAUCCAGACGAAGAAAAUGGUAGAGCAAAAGUCGGGCGGGCGUGAAAAGACGACUGGUGCCGCGCCUAGGGCACGGGGCGCGAAGGGUUCGAGUGCGAACCAGGAGUCGCGGACCGUGGCAAAGAAACCAAGUCGAUCGAACAAUCAACCUGGCAUCCCAUCGCACGGCAAGGAAAAAGGGAAGGGGAAAGGCAAGGUGCGAGAUCGGAAGGAUUCGAAGGCUAAACCGGCACGAGGGAUCGAGUCUGACCAUCAUAACGAAGAGAUUGUGUUGGUUUCCGGGCCAACCUUACCUGCUGGUGCCCAGGAUGCGCCGUCGGGGCUAGCAGGCUUGAUCAUUCCAGUCGAUUCGUCAUUUCCGCAAGACAACACUCGCCGUGAGCUGCGUCACGCAGACAAGAGCCCUAUAGCAGGUCCCUCGACUCAGAAAGCUUCGGAAGACACGUCUUCCGCCGAGAAAAAACUCACGCGUCAACUCCCGGUCCCACAACAACCAACCGUGGUCAACGCAAGGCUCGACGUCACCGUGCUCGAUUCCACUCGCCCUACCGAUUAUGCCAAAAGCUUUGGUCCUGUGAGUGGCCCAUCGCUGGUCGGCGCUAAGAAGUCGUCGUCGGACGCGGCACUCCAGAGUGCUAUCUCUUCCAAGACUGGGACUGCCAAUAAUGAUAUCCCCGCACCCGCUCAUCGACAGACAGCGCUUCCUGCUCCCUCUCUUUCCUCGACGCUUUCGAGCCAGUCCGCCACAUCGAAAGGUCUUCUCGCGCAGAACCAGCGUGCCUCUGAUCCCGUCAAGCGUGCGCCAGCGCUAAACCCUAUCCCGGUUCCUCCGCCGCGUGCCAGCGCAGCCCACCGUACAUCAUCUUCCGAAGAGCCCUCUCCACACCACCUGAGCGACACCCUGCCUGCAGCCUCUCCAGUAGGCCAGAGGGCUGCUUCCCCCGCUUCACAGUCCUCGAACAGGCCUUGUUACCACCCCUCUCAAGAUGGGGGCAUCCCGAAGGACGAGCUCGUAGACGUCGAGUCCUUCUGGUCGGUUUUACGCCCUGCUCUCGAGAAAAGCGAGGACAUCACUCCGGAAUGGGUUGAAGACGUGCACCGCUAUCUGCAGUGCGAUCCACUUUUCUGGACGUCUCUUCGUGCGGUAUAUGAUCUGCCAAAAGCAGACCGCAAAUCUAUCUUCACCGACGCCUGUCAUCACUCUUUUGCGGCGCUGAAUGCGGCAUACGGCGCCGACGCACUGCUAUGGCUACAAUUAGCACUCUUUGGCAAAAUCUUGGCGCUAAACUCAGUCCCUGACAAUCGAUCGGGAUGA